AUGCAGUGCUACGAAAAAUCUGCUUACGAUGAACUCAUAGAAGAGCUAAAAAAUGAGAUUCCUUUUUUCAAUAAAUACAAUGAAGAUUUCUUUUAUAAAAAUAAAAAAUUUAAAGACUUAAGUAAACGAGAGAAUCAUCAUUUUGAUGAUAUUUAUAAAUUAUAUGAAGAAAAAAAAAAUAUAACAGAUUACUGUAAUUUAUUAGUUGACGAAAUGGAUAAUCAUUUUAAAAUUAUAGAAAAUAAUAAAUCUAUUCAUAACAUAUGUAAUUAUUUUUUACAAAAUUUAGAUGAAAAUGUUACAAAUAAUUAUUAUGAUUUUAUAAAUUUAAAUUAUGUCUCUUCUAAAAAUAUAAGAGAUACUAUUAUAACGUAUCUAAAAAAUAAUGCCUCACAAAAUUUGCCUAAUAAGGACACUAAUCAGAAUAAAAGAAAAAUGACAAAAAAAAAGAUCAGCAAUAAGGCUAAUAAUAAUGGUAAUAAUAUUAGUAAUAAUCACAUUAAUAAUCACAUUAAUAAUCAUAUUAAUAAUCACAUUAAUAAUCAUAUUAAUAAUCACAUUAAUAAUCAUAUUAAUAAUCAUAUUAAUAAUCACAUUAAUAAUCAUAUUAAUAAUCAUAUUAAUAAUCACAAUAGUAAUAUUUAUAUGUGUAAACACAACAAAUCUUCAUAUUAUAAUUAUACUGUCGAACGUAUUUCAAAAAUGUAUGACAAAAGAAAAAAAAGUUAUUUAUACAAUAAAUGCAUUACAAAUGGGACGAGCGAAAAAAUACAUAUAAAAAUUAAAAAGGGAAAAAAUUAUAUUCGCAAAGAAUUAAAAAAUAUUCAUAAGACCAAACAUAAUAUUAAACUACACAUGAAUAAUAAAAAAAAAAAAAAGAAACUCGAAAAAAUAAAACAUUCUUUUGAAGAAGAAAUUAAAAAUAAGGAAGAAUUAGGAUUUUGUGAUAUUUCUUUUAUACCUUUCAUAAAUGAUAAUUUUCAUAUUAAUUAUGGAGCUAUUAUGGAAAAUUCAAAUAGUCAAUUUUUUAAAAAUGUAUAUAUAAUUGAUAAUAUAAAAGAAACCGAAACAUAUCAAAAAUCUUUUAACCUUAAAUCAUUACAAAAUCAUUCUUAUCAACAAAAUAAAAAAAAUAAUAAUUUUAUAUAUACAAAUCUAGAAAAUCAAAAUGAUAUUCAUAAAAAUGUUAAUAAUAAUUAUUUACAAGAAUAUAAUUCAUCUAUUAAUCUAACGUCACAUGAAAAUUUUAAAAUAAAUACUUCAGCUAGCUAUAAUAGAUUAAUCAUAUUAGAUGACCAGUCAGGUAAAAAAAAACUUUUACAAAAUGUGAGAAAAAAUUCGCUAGUUAAAGGAUGGAUAUAUAAAUUGGAUUUUGAAAAUAAAUGUUUUUUUAUUAAAAUAUAUUCAAUAAAAAAUGAUAUAUAUGACGAUGAAAAAGUACAAUUUAUUAAAACAGAUAACGAAAAAAAUGAUAAUUUUAUAUAUGCAUGUUUACCAUUUGAAUUUAUAAAUAAAUAUGAAUUUCUUCAAUGUUUAAAUAUUAAUGGACUAUCUACACAGAACUUUCAACAGCUUAUAGGUACAAAUAUAUGUGCACAUAUAUUUCAUGAUUCGGAGUAUAUAAAUACACAUUUUAAGAAUAUUCUCAAUAAUUUUUAUGUUCAUUUUUUUAUUACAUUCAAUUCAAAAUAUUAUUAUAAGAAUGAAAAGGUUGGCUUUCUAUCAAAUAUGUUGUCCAACAAUUUAAUAGUUUCCCACAAAAAUGAUGAAAAUGAUGAUGAUAAUAAGGAUGAUAAUUAUAAGAAUAAUAAUUAUUAUUAUAAUAUGGUUAACCUUUUCGAUCAUUUAUUAAAUAAUUUUAAAUCAUUGCUAUAUUCAUCGAAAAAAUUUUUCAAUAUAACAAAUCUCAAUUAUAAAAAAGAAUUCCUUCAAUUACAUCAUUCAAAUAUCUCGUCGCAUAUACAUUUCCAUUGCAGAAAUAUGUCCUAUCAACCAUAUAUAGGUAAUAUAAUUACACUAAAGCAAAAUCUUAUCUGGGCUAACGAAAAAUUUCUUGAGGCAUUUAAAAUUUAUAGAAACAAUAGUAAAUAUUUUGUUUUCCUAAAAAAUUUCUUUAAUUUUGAUUUCUCAUAUAUUCACAAUGGAAAAUAUGUAUAUGUCUAUGAGCAGAACAAUUUUGUAAUUGAAUAUGAUAAAUCGAAUCAUAACAUGUUGAAUAAUAUCAAAAAAUGUCAAAACAAACUUGACACACAUAAUGACAAUUUAUCACAUAAUGAAUAUUAUAACUCCUCUAAAGGGACCUACAGCAGUAAAAUCAAAAAAGAAAGAGUAGAUGAACAAUUCUCUUCAUCAAAUACAGAUACUUCCAUAAAUCCAAAGAAAAAAAAAAAAAAAAAAAUCGACAAAAAUUAUAUUAACUAUUAUCAAAAAUUAAACCAUAAAGAAAAAUAUAUUUUUAAAAAUGUUAUCUUUCUAAAUCCAAAUUUGUACAAAAGUAAAUGGAUAUAUGAUUUCCUUAAUUGCAUUAAAUUAACUAUCAAUUUAAAUGAUCAACAUGUACUAGCCAAUUUUCUACUGAGCUUGGUACUCUUAGAAUUGAGUUGUUAUUCGGAAUCAUUCCUUUUCUUACACAGAAUUUUUAAAAUUAAAAAAGCAUUCCUUGAAAGUUAUAAAUUAAAAAAAAUUAUCUUUAGUGUUUUCAUAAAACAGUUAAAGAAGUAUGUCAAAGGAAAUAUAUUAUGGAAUGUUAUAAUUAAUUUUCAAAAAUAUGAUUUGUUUAACAUGACAGAGCAAAAUUCGGAAGAAUAUUGCACAAAUAUAUUUAAAAGAAAUGUAAAUAUAAUUAAUACUUUUGAAAAUAUGUGA